AUGGCAUCCAAGGCUAUCGCCGGUGGCGGCCAGGUCCUCAACGUCUCGAACCCGGAGGUGGUUCGCGUGCGGCAGCUCAUCGGCGGCACGGCGGAGUACUCCUCAGACGGGUGGAAGCGGUGCUGGGAGGAAGGCGUGACGCCGUGGGACCUGGGCCAGCCCACGCCCGCCGUCGUCGACCUCGUCAACUCAGGCACCCUGCCCGGCGGCGACCGCGACGGCCGCGCCACCACCGUCCUCGUCCCGGGAUGCGGCGCCGGGCACGACGUGGUGGCGCUCUCCGGCGCCGGCCGCUUCGUCGUCGGCCUCGACAUCUCCGAGGCCGCCAUUCACAAGGCCAGACAGCGGGCGGCGGCGGCGGCGGCCGACGGGAACUCGUUCGACUUCGUCGCUGCCGAUUUCUUCACCUGGGAGCCGCCGGACAAGUUUGACAUCAUCUUCGACUACACAUUCUUCUGUGCUUUAGAGCCGUCGAUGAGGCCAGCAUGGGCCAAGAGAAUUGCCGACCUGCUCAAACAAGAUGGAGAGCUUAUUACCCUCAUGUACCUGGCGGAAGGACAGGAAGCUGGGCCACCAUUCAACACAGCAGUGGUCGACUACGAGGAGGUGCUGAAUCCCUUGGGUUUCGUCAUGAACAGCAUCCAAGACAACGAGGUGGCAGUCCAAUCACGAAAGGGAAUGGAAAAAAUGGCAAGGUGGAAGAGGAUGGCAAACCCAACCAGCCUGAAUUCUGCAGGAGAGACGCAGAUCGACUAG